AUGCCAACAACCUAUUGUUUUUGUAUUCCACUCCGAGUUUUACUCGUUCUUCUCACUUUUUGCACUAUUUUAGCAACAGUUCUGAUUUUUAUUUUCUUCAAAGUUUAUUAUGUUUCUGCAUAUUUUAUUUUGCCACUCUUGGUUUUGAUAUGGAUUUUGAUUUCGGUUUUUAGUAAAAGUUCCAAGAAAUUGGAAAUUUCAAAAUAUUUAACAGUAAGUGGGAACAGAUUGGGAAUGAUAAGAGACUGGAGAUUUUGAGAAAAAUGUUUUUGAUCUACCAAAAAAGUUUUGAAAAGUUUCAGAUCUAGAGAUUUUGAAAAUUAAAUUACACACUGUGAAAACGAAAUCUGCGAGGUUUCCAGGAUACAAUUUCUGAAUUACGGACCUAAUUCUCAAAAUGAAAACACAAUAAACUGAAAUGCAAGAACUACAAAAAAAAUAAAUUUGUUGAAGACAGCUCAACACUAAAAUAUUUCUCUGAAAUUCCAGAUUUCCACAAUUGCAUUGAGCGCAAUAAUUUUAUGGAGUUUAUCAAUAAUCCAAACAAGUAUUAUAACAAUCAAAGAAGUUGCUUGUAACAAAACAGUCAAUGUUGAAAUCAAUAACUUUGAAAUGAAAGUUUACAAUUUUCUGAGUUCCCCACAAACUGAUUGGGGAGCAAUUGCCUAUGGUAUCACUUUUCAAGCCGUUUCUUUGAUCUACAUCACUCGUAAGUUUCUGGAAAACUCAGAACUUUUUGGAAAAAAUUUAUUACAGUUCUUUCAAUGAUUUUUCUUCUGUUGAACAAAUAUUUGGAAGAACUUGCGGAAACUCCAAUCAUUCAUCAAAAUAAUGGGAAAAGUAGAGUUUCAUAA